AAAAAGAAACAAAAAAAUUAGUCUGUGGACAGCAACAUAAACACACGAAACUGGAAAAAAAAAGAUUUUAAAAAGUUAAAUCAAUGGUACAGAAAAGUAGUAUGUCCAGGACGCCUUCGACCUCAACCCAGGAGAUCCAAAUGGACAUGUUCGACCAUCAUCCACACACACAGGGAAAGUACGCCAAGAGGAAGAGCCGAUUUAAGCGCUCAGAUGGAAGCACCUCCUCUGACACCACCUCGAACAGCUUUGUCCGACAGGGCUCUGCAGACUCCUACACCAGCCGGCCGUCGGACUCCGACGUGUCCCUGGAGGAGGACCCGGAGGCUCUGAGGAAGGAAGCCGACAGACAGGCACUCGCCACACUCGAGAAAGCAAAGACCAAACCAGUGGCGUUUGCUGUGCGGACAAAUGUCGGUUACAACCCCGGCCCCAGUGACGACGUUCCUGUGCAGGGAAUGGCCAUAUCCUUUGAAGCGAAAGACUUCUUGCACAUUAAAGAGAAGUACAACAACGACUGGUGGAUCGGGCGUCUGGUGAAGGAAGGCUGUGAGGUGGGCUUCAUCCCCAGCCCGGUCAAACUGGAGAACACCCGUCUGCUGCAGGAGCAAAGGAUGAGACAGAACCGACUCAGCUCCAGUAAAUCUGGAGGAAGCUCAAGUCUGGACGUUGCCACGGGAACCCGCAGGCCCACCCCACCUGGCACAGCUCACGUGGACAUGUCCACUGUGACCUUUGACGUUGACCCCCUCGACCUGGAUGCUGAGGAGCCCCCUGAGUCCCAGGGUGACCCUCGCUCCUCCAAGGGCAUGUCAGGCAGCGUAACAUCCCCUCAGGCCAACACCCACCGACUGCCCUUCUUUAAGAAGAUGGAGCACGUCCCCCCCUACGACGUGGUCCCCUCCAUGAGACCCAUCAUCCUAGUCGGGCCGUCGCUCAAAGGCUACGAGGUGACAGACAUGAUGCAGAAAGCGCUCUUUGACUUUCUGAAGCACAAAUUUGAGGGCAGGAUAUCCAUCACACGGGUGACGGCGGACAUCUCCCUGGCCAAGCGCUCGGUCCUCAACAACCCCAGCAAACACACCAUCAUUGAGCGCUCCAGUACCCGCUCCAGCCUGGACGUACUGGCAGAGGUACAGAGCGAGAUUGAGCGUAUCUUUGAGCUGGCCCGCACUCUCCAGCUGGUCGCUCUGGAUGCAGACACCAUCAACCACCCCUCUCAGCUGGCCAAGACCUCCCUCGCUCCCAUCAUUGUCUAUAUCAAGAUAGCCUCACCUAAGGUCCUCCAGAGACUCAUUAAAUCCAGGGGGAAGUCCCAGGCUAAACACCUAAAUGUGCAGAUGGUGGCAGCAGACAAGUUGGCUCAGUGCCCACCUGAAUUGUUUGACAUCAUCCUGGACGAGAACCAGCUGGAGGACGCCUGCGAACACCUGGCUGACUACCUGGAGGCCUACUGGAAGGCGACACACCCCCCAAGCAGCAACCCUCCCAACCCUCUGCUCAACCGUACCAUGGCCACGGCAGCCCUGGCCGCCUCCCCUGAACCCGUCUCCAACCUUCAGGUACAGGUGCUCACCUCCCUGCGCAGAAAUUUGGAUCUGUGGCCUGACAUGGACGGUGCCGUAGCAAGUGAGGGGAAAGAGGAGGAACACGCUCUCUGAAGUCCAGCGGAGAAAAGGGGGGGACUCCGGUGACUCAACCUCAACCCAAACCCAGCAGCCGGUUCUCUUUCCCCUGAAGGAGGGGUGCAUUCAACCCCUGUUUAUGCUGUAUAUAGAAACACAACACAGAUGCACAUUCACACAAACUUACACCUAUGCAAGAAUUGACACAUUGCCACACAAACAAGCUUGAUAAGGAGCCAGUUUCCCACAUCUAGAACAGCUAGUUUAACAACACCUAUGAGUAAAAUGGCUUAGUCUUUAUUUUAGCAGGUCAGCAUUUCUUUCCCUGCGCCGUUAAAACUGCGCGAGCAGCUCAACUCAAACCCUAAUGGACUUCGAGAAUAACCGAUAAGGCACCUCCGCCCCCGGGGGCCCCCUCCGUUUCACCGUAAUGAAGAGUAUAAUGAUAUCUGCUGCCCCCACCCUGCCCUCCGUAGCUCUGCGGCCACCUUUCCCCAGCACUUUUUCUUCUUCGGGAGGCUGAAUCCAGUCGGCUGUCCUCCUCCGUGUUGCCAUGGUACCGCCCCUGAAAACAGCAAGUCAUGUCCGCCUCUUCAAACAGAAACGCUUAGUUUGGCGGAGGCUGUUGCUAACACUCGAUCCAGUUUAAUCUGUUCUGGUUUUAUAAUCAUUUUAACAGCAAAAUACUAAUCAGAUCUGUCUCGACUCCCGGCUUAUUAACGGCUCCCUACUCAGUUAUGUUGAGUUUCAUAUUGUCAAAGAUGUUUACGUCUUUAACAUCAUGGCAAUGAAGUGACAAGAAUUGCACCGGAUGGCUGAAAACCUCUCCUACUAUAUUUUUUUUUUAAGGCUGUUAUUGUAUUGGCAUCAAAAAUAAUCCAACAAAUUCGUUUGUAUUUUUCCAUUUGCAUAAAAUGAUUAAAUAUAUUGAGCUCUGUCUGUCAGUAUAAACAUCUGGUGGUGCAGAGUUAAAUUAAUUACGUAAUCACUCAGUAGUCACAUGUGACAUGCCUUUUUUUUUUUUUUUUUUUGUUUUCUGCCAUGAGUUCAGUCAGCCAGCAGGUGGCACUGCUGUGGUGGUAGAUAUUAAAGUCUGCUUGUUGGUUAACUGCUUUGGGGGCGUUUGAGUUUGCAGGUUGGUAAAACGCGGUGGGACUAAUCUGUUUGACUAACUGUGUUAUUACUGUAUGUGUUGGUUCUGUGGAAGUCUUAGUGUGUGUGUGUUCAAACUUGGAAUGUGUGUGUGCGUGUGUGUUAGAUUAAUGAUCAAGAUUGAUGUCGCUCAUGAACACUAAUGCUUUCAGUAUCACAGGUUCUUCAGCUGGAACAUCUAAGUCCUUUGCCGUGUAACCUGCCUGCUACUCCUGCUGACUAACGACUGACAGGUCGGUUUUGCUCUGCCGUUUGUGUCUCUGC